UGCAAGUCACAACUUCAACUACUCCAGCCAUCGGCAUUGUUGUUGCAAUUGUUGGGAACCUGCCCGUGCGAAGAAACACAUGUGCCUGGGAGAGAAGAUUUGCAAUUCAAUGCAAUAACGUGUGUAGUCUUCAGUUCCAUCACACUGUACAAGGGCGUAACAGCGCAUGGGGAGAGAAGAAAAGGAAAACCAACGUGCCUGCCUGCCAGCCGCACUCACUUUGAAAUUGCUUUGAGCUUUUAAACUGCACAUAUCUCGGCCACAGCAGACAGCACCAUGGAUUUCGACACGGUCUGCGGCUGGGGCAAUCUUCACCACUUGAAAUAUUUCAACGAUUCUUUCGAUGAAAAUGACACUCUCCUGCUUGAUCACUGGUCCGACAAUGGCACAGACUUCAUGGUGGACUGGUCGGACGCGACUAAAAUUGCCACCACUGUGAUUUAUCUCUUCAUUUGCAUCGUCGGGCUGGUGGGCAACUGCCUGGUCAUGUUUGUUAUUGUCAGAUACACCAAGAUGAAGACGGCAACAAACAUAUAUAUCUUCAACCUUGCAGUCGCCGAUGCGUUGGAGUUGAUCACACUGCCUUUCCAAGCAACCGAUGCCCUGCUUGGAUUCUGGCCCUUUGGAAACGUGCUCUGCAAACUGGCAAUCUCGAUCGAUUAUUACAACAUGUUCACCAGCAUCCUUACUCUGACGGUGAUGAGCGUGGAUCGGUACAUUGCCGUCUGUCACCCGGUGAAGGCGCUAGACAUGAGGACACCUUACAACGCCAAGGUUGUCAACGUGUGUAUCUGGGUCCUUGCGUCGGUGAUUGGGAUACCUGCCAUGGUCAUGGGGUCGGCUGAGAUGGAGAACAAGCAAAUCGAAUGCCUUUUGGUUCACCCGCAACCCCACGCCUACUGGAAGCCGACCAUCGAGAUCGCGGUGUUCCUGUUCUCCUUUGUCAUCCCGGUGUGUGUCAUCACCGUGUGCUACACCUUGAUGCUGAGGCGGCUGCGGAGGGUCCGCGUUCUCUCCGGCUCGAAGGAGAAGGACAGGAAUUUGCGUCGGAUCACCAGGAUGGUCAUGGUGGUGGUGGCCGUCUUCGUGGUCUGCUGGACCCCGGUCCAUGUCCUGGUGCUGGUGCAAGUGGUCUGCAACCGUGAGAUCCUGACCAUUAUGCCCAGCUGGCAUUUCUGUGUCGCCCUGGGCUACGCCAACAGCAGCCUCAACCCCGUACUCUACGCCUUCCUGGACGAAAACUUCAAGCGGUGCUUCAAGGAGUUUUGCUUCCCCUCCAAUCUCAAAUCCGAGUUUAAGACAUCGAACGGGAUGAGGAGCAUCACGAGAGGUAUUGCUCUCUCCUGCAAGAAUACGGAUGGCGUUGAAAAUCCUGCAUGACUAGAAAUGGGGGCGGCCUCGGCUUCUGGCCAGCAGGAGAACAAGAUUCACUCAAAUGUGGAGACGUCUCAAACUGUAGGCCUUUGAAACACAAAUGCCCCCUACUGCAAUUUCACAAGGAUCAAAAGAACCACAACUCCAUCUCCAACGCAUCAAGGAUCGGUUAUUUAAAGAAAAAUACUAUUGAAAAGCCAUCACAAAAUCUUGUGCGUCAUCUGUAGGAAAGUUAAACUAUUGUUUCGUUUAGAGAUACAGUGCGGAAACAGGCCCUUUGGCCCACCGAGU